AUGAAGGAAUCGGAUCUGACCACCGAACCCAUCGCCCAGAACCUGAUUAAGCUGAUUAGCAAUGUCUGUUUCUCUGUGUUCGUCUUCACCGUUCUCAUCUUUACAGUGAUUGCCGUUACCUACCAGCCGCCAGAUCCAUGGCUUGAAUCAGCUCCAGCGCUUACCAAGCUCCUCACGGGAACCGAGAAUGCAACUUUCAAAAUCGACAAUUCUAUCCUCAACACCGGUGAAGACAUCGCUUACUCUCCGAUAUCAGCACCGGCGAACUCUACGGUGUCGGUUACGGAGGCAACGAUCGAGGAAUCAGAGGAGAGAAUCGGGAAUAUGACUGUGAAGUCUUCUUCUAUUGACUGUGACGAGCUCAAGGUUGUGAAUUGCUCCGAUCCGCGAGUUUUGGUUGCUGUUCAGAGGUUUAAUCUCAAGGUUUUUAAAUCCAUUGUGUUCUUAGAGUAUGAAACUCCGGUCAAUGGUUCAAACGCAGACGAAUGUGAUGUUUCUUGGAGGUUUAGGAACAAAAAGGAGAAGUCGUGGAGGAAGUACAGAGAUUUUAGGAGGUUCAAGUUUGGAUUUGGUGAGAAUUGUACAUACAAAGUGUUUCACACUAGUGGUUGGCAUUCUGGUGUUAAUGCUCGUAGGCCUAGGAUCAGGCCAAGCUCGACUAGAGCCAGAGGAGGCGGUCCAAAGGUUGCACGCGGUGAUCCCGAGAUCAACGAUACAAUCCCUACUCUUGGUUCUCAGACAAAUUUCAGGAGAGGGAAGUAUUUGUAUUACUCGCGUGGAGGCGAUUAUUGCAAGGGUAUGAAUCAGUAUAUGUGGAGUUUCUUGUGUGGAUUAGGAGAAGCAAUGUACUUGAACAGGACUUUUGUAAUGGAUUUGAGUUUGUGUUUGUCUGCAAGUUACAGCUCCAAGGGAAAGGACGAGGAGGGUAAGGAUUUUCGGUAUUACUUUGAUUUUGAGCAUCUCAAAGAGACGGCCUCUAUUGUUGAAGAGGGUGAGUUCUUAAGAGACUGGAAGAAGUGGAAUCGGUCGCAUAAACGGAAAGUUCCUGUCAGGAAGGUUAAGACGCAUAAAGUGUCGCCGAUGCAGCUUACUAAAGAUAAGAGCACAAUUAUAUGGAGACAGUUUGAUGCUCCUGAACCCGAAAACUAUUGGUAUAGAGUGUGCGAAGGACAAGCUUCAAAGUAUGUAGAGAGGCCAUGGCACUCACUGUGGAAAUCAAAGAGGUUAAUGAACAUUGUCUCUGAGAUUAGUGGGAAAAUGGACUGGGACUUUGAUGCGGUUCAUGUGGUUAGAGGCGAGAAAGCGAAGAACAAGAAGCUCUGGCCACAUUUGGAUGCAGACACAUGGCCUGAUGCAAUCUUGAACAAACUUAAAGGAAUGGUUCAGGCGUGGAGGAAUUUGUACAUCGCCACCAAUGAGCCGUUCUAUAAUUACUUUGACAAGUUGAGGUCUCAGUACAAGGUACACUUGCUUGAUGACUAUAGCUACUUGUGGGGCAACAAUAGUGAGUGGUACAAUGAGACGACUCUGUUGAACAAUGGGAAACCAGUUGAAUUUGAUGGGUACAUGAGAGUAGCUGUUGAUACAGAGGUGUUUAUUAGAGGAAAAACACGCGUUGAGACGUUCUAUAACCUUACCACGGACUGCAAAGAUGGGAUCAAUACUUGCUAA